AUGAAGUUCUUCUCGGCACUAUUAUUCCUCGUCUUUGCGCAUUUGUCAUAUGCGCAAAGUCAGAAUGGGACUGACGUUCUUGCAUCGGCAGUAAAGAACCUGCCUCCAUGCGCGCUAAAAUGCACAUUAACAAUCGUCACAUCGUCACCAUGCGAGCUCACCGACAUUGAAUGCAUAAAAGGCAACGAGACGCUUCUAGAUGAUCUCAGCACAUGCGUGAAAGCUAGCUGUAAGCCAAAAGAAGCAUUGACGGCAAAGAGGUUUCUUUCAGAAUUGAUGGAUGCACCAAUCCGCAACAACACAGAACAAGGAACAAUCACCACGUUGGUCGCUGGAAUACUGUCUUUGUUAGCCUAUGUCCUACGCGCAGUCGCACGCCUCCCCUGGUUUGGCGGAAACUGGGGCCUGGACGAUUGGGUUAUGACCGCAGCUAUCAUACUCAUUAUUCCACUUACAAUAUGCGCAUACAUGCUGAACGAAAUCGGCUUGGGUACGGAUAUGUGGCUCGUGUCUUUCGAAAACAUCACGAAGAUCCUCGAAAUCUUCUACUAUACUGAGCUGCUUUACCUGGCGUCGAUCGCAUUGACGAAGAUAGCAGUCUUGCUCUUCUACCUCCGCAUUUUCCCUCAUCAGAACCUCCGACGCAUCAUAUAUGUCACAAUAGUGGUCUGCAUUAUGUACAUCAUCGCUUUUGUCACAGCAACGGCACUGCAGUGCAUUCCAAUACGAAUUGCGUGGGAACAUUGGGACGGGGAACAUCACGGAAAAUGCAUCAACCUCAACGCCGACGCCUGGGCAUCUGCGGCCGUCAACAUCAUCCUCGAUAUAAUCGUCAUAGUCAUACCCAUGAGGGAACUCAGCAAGCUCGCCAUGAGUCGCCGUCGCAAAUUUGGUAUCAUGCUUAUGUUCCUCGGUGGAGGCUUUGUCACCAUCGUCAGUAUCCUCCGCCUAAAAUACAUGAUCCAAUUCGCCCAAACAACCAAUGUUACCUGGGACUACCUACCCAUCGGAUAUUGGUCCGCAGUCGAAGCACACGUUGGUGCGAUUGUCGCCUGCUUACCCGCUAUACGCCAACUGCAACGCUCCAUUCGCGAACGAAUCUGGCCCAAACAGGAUAACCCGAGUAACUACUACUACGAAGAGAAUUCGGGAAAUAGCAGUAAAAGGAAUGGUAGCAAAGACCUCAAGUCUCGUAUCUGGCUACCUAAAACCGAUCGCUCCCAACUGAGCACGCUAGGUCGGAGUAGAGUCGAUAAAGACGAUUUUGUCCGUCUAGACGAGUUCGAGAUGGGUGUCGGUACAGGAGAUAGAAAGGACGGGAUUUUGGAGACUGGUACACCUGGACAACAUUCUUUGGAUAGAUCGCUGGAUCGGUCGUUCAAUUCGAAUGAGGAUGUUCAACCGCUGGCGGCUGGCCCGGAGCCUGUCGUUGGCUCGACGUUGGGUGGCAUUAUGGUGCAGAACGAGUAUAGUGUUGAUCGAGGGAGUCCGCAUCCGGAGGAGUUACAGGCGUUACCUCCGAUUCAUCCUGGAAAGAGGAAGCUGAUGGAUACGAGGACGUGGCUUUGA